AUGUCUUUGAAGCUCGGCGAUACCUUCCCAAACUUGUCGAUGAAGACGACAUGGGGAAACUUGAAUCUUUAUGACUACCUCGGAGAGUCUUGGGGUAUUCUUUUUUCGCAUCCAGCUGAUUACACUCCAGUUUGCACCACCGAACUUGGAGCCGCCGCCAAGUACGCGCCAGAGUUCAAAGAGCUCAACACAAAGUUGAUUGGGCUCUCUAUUGAUACCAUGGCCGAUCACGAAGGAUGGAUCAAAGAUAUCCAAGACUACAACAAACUCGAAGGCGGCUUUCCCUUCCCUCUUAUCUCAGACGACCGAACAAUCGCCACCCAACUUGGCAUGCUUGACCCCGACGAGCUUGACUCCACUGGAACUCCUUUGACCGCCAGAGCUGUAUUUGUCAUUGGACCAGACAGAAAACUCAAACUCUCUCUCCUCUACCCUGCCACCACUGGUCGAAACUUUGACGAAAUUAUUCGCGUUGUUAAAUCUCUUCAAUUAACUGCCCUCCACAAAGUAGCCACACCUCAGAACUGGAAGUCAGGCGACAAGUGCAUGGUUGUUCCAUCGUUGACCGAUGAGCAAGCGACGAAGCGAUUCGCAAAGGGCUUCGAAAAGGCCUCUCUUCCAUCUGGAAAAGGAUACAUCCGCUUGACCCCGGACCCGAGCCAGAGUUGA